UGUUGGAGGCUUCGGCUAUAUAUGGGUUACUGAUGCCUCUAAUUGAACUUAUUUUUGGUGAAGCAAUUAGAAACAUCAGUUACUCAAUUUUGUUGCAGUUCCAGUUCAUUCUUUCCCUUUUUGCAACCAUCGUUUGCAUCAUUGCGAUGCUAGUCAAUAAGGAUUUUCAGGCUAUACCUAGAGAAGCGAAUGAUUUCGAACUUGGCAAAGCCAAGUAUUAUAUCAUAAUGGUCGUGAACGCAAUAAUAUGGCAAUUAUCAGUUGUUGGAAGCGUGGGCUUAAUUUUCUAUACAAGUUCCCGUUUCACCGGUAUACUUGGGGCAGUUCUAGUUCCAUUUACAGGAGUCGCAACCGACAUAUUUUAUCAUGAAAGUUUCACGGGAUUGAAAGGAAUGGCAUUAGUAUUAUGUCUUUAGGGCUUCUGUUCUUAUUUCUAUGGAGAAUACAAGAUGAUGAAUAAGGUAAUUAAUAAUAAAAACGAGGCAAUCGGUGAAGUCCAAAAUAAGCGUCAAAGAUUGGAUAAUCACGAAGAACCAUAAACAUAAACUGUAUGAUCGAGCGUCCAUUUUGAUGGUACAUAGCUGAUAUAUAUGUAAGUUCUCAAAUUGAUAGCCUGGAAUUGGAUGGCUCUGAUCUUAACUAUUAGUUCAUCUGCAA